GAGAGGACAUGAGCUCGCAGCUACUUCCAGUCUCCUCUCUUCCAUCCAUCGCCAUAGCCAAAGCUCACAAUCGAACUCCAUUAAAGCCAAGCUCCAUUUCCAUCUCCUCAUCUCCUCUUCCAUCUCACACUCUUUCAGAAAGAACGCACAUCCCCUCCCAUGUCUACAGGCAUCCAGCCGCCGUGCUUCUCGAGCUCUGCACUUCCAUGAAAGAGCUCCACCAAAUCCUCCCACUGGUCAUAAAAAAUGGCCUCUACAACGAGCAUUUAUUUCAAACCAAGCUCGUCAGCUUGUUUUCCAAGUAUGGCAGCAUCAACGAGGCCGCUCGUGUUUUCGAGCCGAUUGAGGAGAAGAUCGACGUUCUCUACCACACGAUGCUAAAAGGAUAUGCGAAGAAUUCGUCGUUGGAGACUGCUCUUGCUUUUCUUUGUCGAAUGAGGUACGAUGAUGUUAAGCCUGUUGUGUAUAAUUUUACUUAUUUGCUUAAGGUUUGUGGCGAUAAUGCGGAUUUGAAGAGGGGUAGGGAGAUUCAUGGGAAUCUGAUUAAGAAUUCGUUUGGGGCGAAUGUAUUUGCAAUGACUGGUGUUGUGAACAUGUAUGCGAAGUGUAGGCAGAUUGACGAUGCAUACAAGAUGUUCGACAGAAUGCCUGUGAGAGAUUUGGUGUCUUGGAAUACGAUUAUUACAGGGUUUUCCCAAAAUGGGUUUGCAAAUAAGGCCCUGGAGUUGGUUUUGAGUAUGCAAGAUGAAGGCCAAAGGCCUGAUUCGAUUACAUUGGUUACUGUUCUUCCUGCUGCUGCUGAUAUUGGAUCGUUAAUGGUGGGGAAAUCUAUUCAUGGGUAUGCCAUUAGAGCUGGAUUCUCAAAGCUUGUUAAUAUUUCAACUGCUUUGGUUGAUAUGUAUUCAAAAUGUGGAUCAGUUGAUACAGCUAGAUUGAUUUUUGAUGGAAUGGAACAGAAGACUGUUGUGUCAUGGAAUUCCAUGAUGGCUGGAUAUGUGCAGAGUGGUGAACCAGAGAUGGCUAUUGCAAUCUUUGAGAAGAUGUUGGAUGAAGGAAUAGAGCCUACCAAUGUAACCAUUAUGGAAGCGUUACAUGCCUGCGCCGAUUUGGGUGAUUUCGAAAUGGGGAAGUUCGUUCAUAAGUUCGUCGAUAAGUUAAAUCUUGGUUCGGACGUAUCCAUUAUGAACUCAUUGAUAUCUAUGUAUUCGAAGUGUAAUCGAGUCGACAUUGCUUCUGAUAUCUUCAAGAACUUACAUCGAAAAACUCUCGUCUCAUGGAAUGCAAUGAUUUUGGGUUAUACUCAAAAUGGAAGAGUGAGUGAAGCUUUGAAUUGUUUUUGUGAGAUGCAAUCUUUAGGUAUAAAAUCUGAUUCAUUUACAGUGGUUAGUGUGAUACCUGCUCUUGCAGAAUUAUCAGUCACUCGCCAAGCUAAGUGGAUACAUGGACUAGUUAUUCGAUCUUGUUUGGACAAAAAUAUUUUCGUAACGACCGCUCUCGUCGACAUGUAUGCAAAAUGUGGAGCAAUUCAUAUGGCAAGGAAGCUUUUCGACAUGAUCGAUGACCGACAUGUCAUAACAUGGAACGCAAUGAUAGAUGGAUAUGGAACACACGGACUUGGAAGAGCUGCGGUAAACCUUUUUGACGAGAUGCGAAGGGGAACAGUUGAGCCAAAUGAUAUUACAUUCUUAUGCGUUAUUUCCGCUUGUAGUCACUCAGGUUUGGUAGACGAAGGACUUCGUUAUUUCGAGAGCAUGAAACAAGAUUAUGGAUUAGAGCCUUCGAUGGAUCACUAUGGUGUGAUGGUCGACCUUCUCGGUCGAGCUGGUAGGAUCAAGGAGGCUUGGGAUUUUAUAGAAAACAUGCCAGUUAGUCCCGGGAUUACCGUGUACGGUGCCAUGUUGGGUGCGUGUAAAAUUCACAAAAACGUAGAGUUUGGAGAGAAAUCAGCUAAUAAACUGUUUGAGAUGAACCCUGAUGAAGGUGGCUAUCAUGUGUUGCUUGCAAAUAUUUAUGCUUCUGCUUCGAAGUGGGGCAAGGUAGCUGAAGUAAGAAGAACAAUGGAGAAGAAAGGGCUUAAGAAGACUCCUGGUUGCAGCUUUGUGGAGCUAAGAAACGAGGUCCAUUCCUUUUAUUCAGGUAGCACAACUCAUCCACAAUCCAAGAGAAUUUACGCCUUUCUCGAGGAACUUGGGGACGAAAUCAAGGCAGCUGGCUACGUGCCCGACACGAGCUCGAUACACGACGUGGAAGACGAUGUCCAAGAGCAGCUUCUCAAUAGCCAUAGCGAGAAGCUCGCUAUUGCUUUCAGUCUUUUGAACACGAGUCCGAACACUACGAUACACGUACGAAAGAAUCUACGAGUGUGUGGAGAUUGUCACAAUGCAACGAAGUAUAUUUCGCUCGUGACCGGAAGGGAAAUCAUAGUAAGGGAUAUGCAUAGAUUUCAUCAUUUCAAAAAUGGAAGUUGUUCUUGUGGAGAUUAUUGGUGAGCUAUAGUCAUGCUGUUUCUUAUACAUCAUAGUUGUUCUUGAAAGCAUUCGGGAGGUGAUUAGUCGUUUUUGGCCAAGCUUCUAUUAGGCCGACCACUACAUAACUAAAGAGAUCCAUACAUAAUGAGCGACAGUGAAGUCCGUUAAAGGUGAAAGUUGUAGCUUCUAGGACGAAGUCGAGCCACUAAUGGAGUGGCGAAUGAGGCAUACUCUAUGUAUCCUAGACUAGUAACGACUGAAAUAUGAGAAAAAAACGACAUCAAAUUUCAGUGAACUAUUUAAGCUAUUAGUGUGAUUGAUCCGAGAAUUACCAAGGACUUUCGGUAGACUGAUUUCA